AAUUGUAUUGAAAAAUCUAGUAAAUAUUUUUAAUUCAUCAUAAUUCUUAGGAAUAAUCGAUUCGAAGAUGUCGUUCAAGGAAGAUUUAAAACAAAUCAUCAAGCCGUACUAUAUAUUCAACGUAUUAUUAAGUACAUCUUACAUAAUUCUGAAGAAAACUCCAGGAGUUUGUAAUUACCUCUUUCCUUCAAGUAAUUGUGAAUUCGAUGGGAAAGAAACCGAAAUAUUAUUCUUCCUGAUAAUAAUCAUUGCCAUAAGGACUAGAAAAUCGGGUAGCGUCACAAUGGUAAACUAUUUGUCCUCGAGUUUCAUAUAUACCAAAGUCGCGAACCUAAUACUGUGGUUUAGUGCAGAUAUUAUAAUGGGAAUAAUCUACGGAAUAAUUUUUAUUUUGGGCGCUCUAUUGUUUCCCGAACCAACAUACGCCGGUCCCGACAAAGUGGUGUAUUUCCGAGAUGUACAAGGCUUAGACGAUGAACUAACGAAGGACAAGAACGUGACGUGGCUGGUGGCAUUCUACGCGGUUUGGAAUCCGGCGUGCGUUAAUUUCGCGCCGAUAUUCGCCAAAUUAAGCACAGUUUACCAUUUGGAAAAUCUGAAAUUCGGGAAAAUCGACAUCGGGAGGUAUCCGGACGCGGGCAAGAAGUAUCACGUCAGCGACAGCAGCAUGAGCAAGCAAUUACCGACUGUAAUUUUGUUCCAAGAUGGAAAAGAAGUAUCCAGAAGACCCAUGGCUGACACUAAAGGGAAACUCAUCAAGUUUUUGUUCAACGAGGAAAAUAUUAUAAGUGGAUUUGGACUGCGCGGUUUGUAUGAUAACUGUAAAAAUCAAAUUAAACCCAAGCAAAAACCCCAUAAGGAUUAGAUUCGGAAUGCUUUUUUUCUUCAUAUUGAAGAUCCGAUUUUUUAUUACAAGUCUUGUAUUUAUUAUUAUAUAGGUUGUAUGUAAUACAAUAUUGCCAAUUAUGACCAAAGAGUUUAUUGUGUAAUAAGUGCUUGAAGUUGACUCAUAAAGCAGCUGUAGACGAUGUA